CGAGCCUGGCUAGGUUGGGGUCGUGGGGGUAACUCUCCAGGUGCUCUUUGCUGGAUCUUGGGGUCUGGGCCACCGGCGCGCCCCGCCCGGCUCUGUCCCCCGCAGCCCUGCCGGCUGCCAGGCUUUGUGGUUCGCUCGUGCGGCUGGGCCCCUGCUGGGGGUGUCGUUACGAGCAUGUGCAGACAGCAGCCCAAGCCUUCAGGAUAAUUCCUUCAGCAGCACCGCUGUAACAGAGUAAGUGAUUCUUACCAUUAAAAAUUAGACUUGCAUGCCUUUCUCUGGAAGCAACUAUCAUGAAGGUAUUCACCGUCCCCAACCCCUCUUCCUAUUAGAUGCAUUGUCUCCUGUAAUCUGGGACUGUGAAGAUCGCCAGACAUGCUGACUGAUGGGGCCCAGAAAUCUUUACAGGUUGAAAUUAGCAUUUUAGCAGCUGCAGGAGAGAUAUUAAAACCAGCUGAUGGCUUGCAGGAGCUCCAGGCUCCAAGAUGAGUUCUUGGAGCUCGAAUUUUUUAAAAAAAUCUAUCUGACAUGUCAGAAAGGGAGCUUGGUUGUAUUUUGCCAACAUUAGUGUCAGUUUCAUGCAGUGCAAGCUGUGUACAUGUACCACAAAUAGGAGAUGGAUGCGAAAUGACUUUGAGUUUAAUUUCCAGCAUGCGAUAAACAGACUAAACUUACCCUUGUUCUCUCUUGUCUACAGAUUUUUAAGACACAGUGGAGUAAACUUUUCUUGCAUGCUGUUUGUCGUUUUUGUCUUCUGACCUCAGAGAUGUGGCUAUAGGAGAAAUGAAUUAUCUGGUCCUAUGGUGAAAGCUGUUGACUAGGGCAACUAACAUUAUUUAAACAUGGGAUGAAGGAGUACAGUGUUUUACUCAAGUCCAGCAGGCACAGUAUUUUUUAAUUAGAUAUUUAUAGUUCAUCGUUUUAAGUCUUGUCAUCCCUUCCUUAAUGUUUGCCCAAUAUUAUACUCUUCAAGUAAAAAAUUAAUAGAUAGCUUAUUUUGCUAAUACUGUAUGUAAUUUAUAUAGACAUAUGUGUACAAACUAUAUAUAUGCACAUCAUUUUGCAAUAUUUCUCUAGGCUAAUUUAUGUUGUUAACUUCUGGGACCUUUUGUUAGAAGUGGCUCCUAGCAGCUUUUUAGGAACAAGACAAGCAUAAAGUUGUAUUCUUAAAUGUUAUUUAAAAAUAUUUUAGGAGUUUGACACAGAAACCCCAACUAACUUGGGCGAUGUUUACCAAAGUUUUCAAAAAAGCAAAUAAAUGUAGAAAUGAACAUCGUUUGAGUUUCAGGUCCCACCACUGUCACGGUGACUUGGUGAUAGAGAGCCUCUGGGAAUACAGACUAAGGAGGCAUUUUGACUCCUGCCUUGUGGACUUUGUGUGGGCAGAGAAGAAACAACCCUGGCUCCAUUGCUCUAGGCCUUGGAAUCCUAGGCAAUAAAACCCUGUGUGACGAAGACAUAGUCUCUUUACAUGAAGAUCAGACUGACUGUUCCAGUUUCAGGGAUGAAGACAAUAAAGAGAAUUAUCCAGACGCCCGGGCUCCUGUAGAGGAGCACACACCGCCCCACGGUGAGGCACCGCAGCAUGUAGAGCAGACGGUGCAGGUGGACUGCGUACUGCGACCCGCCAUGGGCAACUUCAAGUCCAGGAAGCCCAAGUCCAUCUUCAGAACUGAGAGUGGGAGGACCCACGGAGAAAGUCAGGAGACAGAGCACGUGGGGCCCAGCCAGUUGGAGUGCCAGGGCAGAACAGGAACGCCAGUUCACGAGAGUCCACAGAACAACACCUUCAGGUGUCAAGAAGCAGUUCGACUUCAACCAAGAAUAGACCAGAGGGCUACCAAUUGGCCAAAGGAUGCUUUUGAAACUCAGCAGGACUUAAAUGAGGAAGAAGCUCCCCAGGUGCAUGGAAUCAAGGAGCCAGCCCCCGUGACAACCCAAAGUGUGCCUGCCGAUGAGGCAGAUUCUGCAGACCCCAUGCCAGUCCACAAAGAUGGGCAGAAUGAAGCCGACAGCACACCAGAAGACCUCCAGUCUGUCGGGACCAGCAGGCUGCUUUAUCACAUCACUGAUGGUGACAAUCCACUGCUGUCGCCACGAUGCUCCAUCUUUAGCCAAAGCCAGAGAUUCAAUUUAGACCCUGAGUCAGCCCCUUCUCCACCCAGCACUCAGCAGUUCAUGAUGCCCCGAAGUUCUUCUCGGUGUAGCUGUGGUGAUGGCAAGGAGCCACAGACCAUUACCCAGCUCACCAAGCACAUCCAGAGCCUCAAGCGGAAAAUUCGGAAAUUUGAAGAGAAAUUUGAACAAGAAAAGAAAUACCGGCCUUCACACGGAGACAAGACUUCUAAUCCUGAAGUCCUGAAAUGGAUGAAUGAUUUGGCUAAAGGUCGUAAACAGCUCAAAGAAUUAAAGCUGAAGCUGUCUGAAGAACAGAGGAGUGCUCCCAAAGGUCCACCUAGAAAUCUGUCCUGUGAGCAACCCACGGUCCCCAGAGAAAAUGGGAAGCCAGAAGCUGCAGGCCCUGAGCCAAGCUCCUCUGGAGAGGAAACUUUAGAUGCUGUGUUGACAUGCCUGAAGGAGAAGAGAGAGCACCUUCCUCCACAGGAGGAUUUUAAGGUAACUAAGCAAGACAAGAACCUCAUAAAGCCUCUUUAUGAUCGAUACAGAAUUAUCAAGCAAAUCUUGUCAACGCCUUCCCUUAUUCCAACAAUUCAGGAAGAAGAAGACUCUGAUGAAGAUUGUCCACAGGGAAGCCAACAACAUUCUUUACCAGAUCCAGCAUCUUGCCUUCCUGUCAGUGACCCCCUCACCUAUUCUAAUGAAACUGAGCCUAUUAGGGCCCUGCCACCUGAUGAAAAGAAGGAAGUAAAACAACCAGCCCUCUCCAUGUCCAAUUUACAUGAAGCAACCAUGCCUGUACUUCUUGAUCAUCUUCGAGAAACUAGGGCUGACAAGAAGAGAUUGCGAAAAGCCCUAAGAGAAUUUGAAGAACAGUUUUUUAAACAAACAGGAAGAAGUCCACAAAAAGAAGAUAGGAUACCAAUGGCAGACGAGUACUAUGAAUACAAGCACAUAAAAGCCAAACUGAGAUUACUAGAGGUCCUUAUCAGCAAGCAAGAUGUGGCCAAAACUAUUUAAGGUUCAGGAAAUGUCUAUGAUCACUUUCACCCAAGAUAAGGUCAAGUGUAUUUCUCUCUACCACUCUUGCUAAGUAGUUUUGAUAUACUGAAAAUGGAAGCACUUUAGCUGUAGUAUUAGCUAUUUUUAAGAUGGGAUAAUAAGUGUAAUUAUAUAUGAGAAGGGAUUUAAAUGGGGGAAACAUGCAACAGGUAACCAUCUAACUGAGGGGGAAAAAUUGAGCCUCCUCCAUUCCAAGAAGAAAACUCAGUCUAUAUAAUUAUUUCAAAAUGCAUCCAAUAUUUUGUCAAAUCCAAAUAGUAUAGUUGGGCCACAUUUGAUAGGGAAAAUUUAUUACUGUCCAAAGAUUGUUUAUAUUGAUGUAUGGAAAAAAGCAUGUUUGUUUUGUUUUUCCCAUGAGGAAAACAAAUUCUGCUUUUUGUGAAAGACAGCUAGUACAAAAAAUAAUUUAUUUGAAAUUUCUAAUCAGCUUUUAAGUGAUACAACAUUGACUACCUUGUCCCUUAAGUAUGUUAGGCUUUCAAUAUCCUAGAAUAUACUAGAGUGUGUCACUGCUAAUUUUUUUAUUUCUAUAUAAAAAUAGCACAUUAUUUUAUGUUAUUUGAAUUUUACAUUUCUGGUUACCAAAGUUCAUUCUGAUAGCAUGUACUUUGUGAAUUAUCUUUUGUCUAUAACUGACAGAUGUUUAUAUUAUUAAAAUUUUAAAAUAGGUAUUUUGGAUAGAUGUGUCUGCAGUAUAUAAUCUAAUGUGAUCAUAGUAUUAUUGCUAAUCUUUUGUUUACAAUAACUAAAAGUUAUAUAACUAUUUUUCCAUUGGGAAUAUGCAUUUUUCUUAAUGUUCCAAGGUAUAUACUUUGUAAUGUGAAAAAAUUUUCUCAUGCACUGUAGUGAUUCAUUCUAUAUAAAAACAGAAGGUUUGGAAAUUGUUAUAACACCUUGGCAAAGAAACCAGAAUAUUUUAUUUGCUUCAUCAACAUCAGUGUAUAUUGUUUUGUUAUUUUGUACUAAAUUGCUUUUUUAUAAAAACAAGUAAAAGGUUGACAUUUUUCCUCUCAUGUACCAAUCAUUUCUAUUUUAUGUAUUGUUUAAGCAUGAAGAAAUUCACAUUUUCAUAUAGUUUGGAUGAGAAUAUUGAUGGUUUCAGAAGCAAACUAUUUCAGAGGCUCAUUUUCUCUGUAUAUUUCAUAACUUUUAUGAAUGAGAAUAAUGUCCUUCAUAAAUUUGUUUAAUUGAAGUCAUCUACUUGUAACAGGACAAAUACACAACUAUUUGAGGUUUACAAAUUACAUCUUUGAUAAGGGAAAUGGUUUCGUGACAUGUAUACAAUUGCUAUUAAAAUGUAACUAUAUAUUCUAUAUGAUUGUAAAUAUUUUAUACAACAAUACAAAUAAAAUAUUUUUCUAUUAUA